GUCUAUAUAUACACCAAGAAUUCUCCAUUUGAGAUAACUUCGAAACCAAAACACUUUCAUUCACGACUUUUCUCUUUAAACAUUUUCAAGAACAAGAAAAUCUUAACACUAUCGAGAUAUCAUGGUAAGAUCAGAAUUAGGAAGAAGGAGAUCUUUAUCUGGAGCUGAGAUGGCGCCGGCGGCCAUGAUUUAUCGCCGGGGAUGUUCAAUGAUUCCGACACUAGAGACCAUUUUCGAAGAAAGGUCGGAUGAUUCAAAAGUCAUCAUGGGACAAGGACACCGUCUUUUACUUCUUGUUCCGGCGAUUAUAUCGGCCGUCUCAUGUGUUUUGUUGUUUAGACAUGACCGUGUUGUUCGAUUUUCUUGAACAUGUUUACAAACAUACAUACAUAUAAGUUUUUCGAUGUUUUGUUUGGAAAAUGUAUAAGCAGAAGAGUUAAAUUCUUAUAUAUAAUCUUUUGUACUUCAUUUGUUCACUUCAGUCUCAUAUAUGAAUUAUAACAUGUGUUCUAGUGCU